GGGGCAAGGCGGGGGAGGACUCCGCCCCGGCAGUUGGGCUGGGGACGUGGCGCGCGUCUCUCUGUAAACACGCAACAAGGGACGCUGAUGCAUGACAGAGAACUCUCUCUCCCUUCAUCUCUCGUCGAAAAGUGAAAUACUACGUCGUUUAUCGUCUUGAAAUGUGUGAAUCAUUCAAGAAUGGGAUUUUCUGUCCAACCAAGAUCAUGUGUGUGGAAAAACUCUGUAGAACUGAAUUCAUGUAAUGGCUUUUACUAAAAUCAGUUUGUCCACAGACAGAAUGUCCAGGGAUUCUGAUAAUAAAGAAAACAAAUUACAUGAAACAUUGCAGUUAUUACUGAAACCAGUUAGUGUUGUGUUAGAGAAAAUAGAGCCAUCAUUAAUCACGUCUUAUGGCAAGGGACCCAUUAAUAAAUAUAAACCAGCAGAUUGUACAUCUCACGCAUCUCUUCAGUUUGAGAAACAGCACAAGGAGAAAAAGAUUGGGAACACCCUUCCAAGACCUCCUGUGGAAUUUAGUGUGCUAAUGAUUCUUCUAUUGAAGAAUACAACAUCAAAAUCACUAAAAGCAACUGAAGUCAAAGACAUAAUAACUGCGCUGUUUCCCUACUACAGGAUUUUUCAUGAAAAAUCGUGGGAUACCAGAUUCAGUCAGAGUACAUGUGGAAAAUUUAAAUCCUUCUUUAUCAAGACAAGGAUUGUUAUACCAGUGCAAAGCAUCAAAGAGGAAUCUCCAAAGAAACGAGGACCUGGCCGGCCUCCCAAACAAGUGUAUAUCAAAGAGGAAUCUCCAAAGAAACGAGGACCUGGCCGGCCUCGCUAUGACGAUAAUGCCCAGUUGUGUAUUGCACUGAACUUGGCAAAGAAAUGUAUAUGGGAGACUUACAUGAAAAAUGCCAUUAAAGGUCAUGAAGAACAGCUCAAAGCUUGCACAACUCAACCAAAUUUUCUGGAAGCACUGCUCUCUGGUGCAGGAAGGCUAGAGCCCUGCAACAAGUCAAAUUAUAAAGGAAUCGGGCAAGAUGGCAGAAUUUAUAACUUUGGUGAUGUUGUGGGCAAAACUCCCGCAUUAGCCGAUAGGUCAAGUGACUGCACUAGUAUCAGAAAGUUAAAAGGGAGGAAGAAAACAAAGAACCGUGUCAACACAAGUCAUAGGCUUAAACAAUUAUCAGCUGUUCGCUCAGAGUGUGAGUCUAUAAGUGAUGAAAGACAAGAGUCUGACUUAGCUCAGAACAAAGACAGUGUACAGCAAUGCCCUAUUCUAUUAUGUGAUGAUUCUCCCAUUGUGCAUGUGAACACUCCAAUAAAUAACAAUAAAGUUAAUGUUACUAGUAGUCCUGGUGAUGGGAACCAGCAUAAACAAACACCUUCUGUUGAAGCUUUACCAGUUGUGCAACUUUUGUCAAAAGCCACCUCUUCAAGUGACAUUCAGGGGGAGAAAACAUUCAUCACUUCAGACAAUGGAGGAAAUCAAGGUGCGUCAGUGGUAUCACAGAAUACUAUAACAAUUACAGCACAUAUGGGUACCAAAAGAAAAAGAAAUGAUGAUAAUAAAGUUAUCAAAAGUAGCACAAGUUUGUUACCUGCAAUCAAGAGAUUUUGUUCAUCAAAAACUGCUUUUGAAUCAAGUCUUGCAAAGGCUUCCAAUAAUGAAAUUAGAAAGCAUUUGAUCCAAAAAGACAUCUUAGUAGGAGCAUCGUUGCAGGGCCAGUCUGUUGUUUUAUCAAAUAAUGUUCAGCAUGCCAAAUGUCAUAGUAAUUCUGCAUUUCAGUUGAAAUCUAAUUAUUCACAUACUCCAGCAAAGAUAAGUGAUACUGAGGUUGUCAGUAUGAGAAAUGAAACUGCAAGGAAUGAAUGUUUACCCAACUUGGGCAUAACUGAUCAAACCUUUGACAAUAAUUUACCUGUAAUUAAGGAUGUUUGGUCACAAAAUUCAGUCUCUGGUGCUGUGAAUGGAACUCAUCAUUGUAACUUGGUUAAUUCACAGAGUGGAAUAAUGGGACUUCCAAUAAUAACUGAAGUUACUUCUCUAGCUUCAUCAAACCAAGAGGAAAAUGUAUAUGGUAACCAAACAGGAAAUGCUCAGGUAUCUAUUAAUCAAAUUGAAAAGUGUCAGAAUACUGAAAAUGACUCCUCAGCAGGUAUGAAUGUUAUCUAUGGAAAUAGGCAAAACCCAAAUGAACUUGGGGGCUUCAAUACAUCAUUGACUGAAGAUGGCAGAGAAUUUCAAAUAAUUAAAGAUAGCCAGAAUAUAAAUACCAUUUGGAGAGAUCAGUUACGCACUUCAGACAAGAGACAGUAUGGUCGUCAUUCCCAAAAGAAUUCACCUGACAUUUCUGAAACGGUGACCACUGUUGCUCUUUCUAAUGACAUAUCUAAUAAAGCUGCAACUAAAAUAACUGAUGGUCAUGCAUCACAAAAUUUAAGUACUGUAAACCAAGAAAUGAGUUCUAAUUCAAAAUCUGGUAUCUCUGCUUGCUCAGUUUCUACUUCAAUAAAUAAAUCUAUUUCAAGCUUUCCUCAAGUUUCAAGCUGUAUUGAGGCUUGGCACAAAGUGUUCCCAUGGAUGCUGUACAGAGAAACGGAUCAUGGCUUUUUUUGCAAAACAUGCAAAUGGGGUGCAAAUACUUCUGAAUGUCAUGCACAGAGCAUGGUAUAUACUAUGAAAGAUUCUUCAGAUGUCCUUUUUGUUGCUGGAUACCUGCGCACUCACCAAGAAACUCAUUUUCAUAAAACCACUGAGCACAGGAUAUCACUUGUCAUUACUCUUUUCAAAAGUAUUUAUCCUUUUAUUAGGCAUAGUUUGUAUAAGGGACUGCAAGAUCUCGUAAAGUAUGCAGUUAUCCAUAAUGGGGGAAGUUUUCCAGGCCCUGAAGAUCCACCACAAAGGGGAUAUUUCACUUACUUCAUGAUUAUGCGCAUUGCUGAAUACAUAGAAAUGGAUCUCUUGGCAUCUCUUGCUAAGAGUCCGUUCUUCAGUAUAACUUCAGCUGCAGAUAAGGAGUUUGCCAUUCUUCGUUGGCUAAAUCAAAAGGGAGAACCAGAAGAGCACUUCUUCUGUUCCAAAAUUUGUCAUCCAAAAGAAGAUAUGUCAAUUAGAGUCUAUCUGCAGAAAAGGGAAGUUGAUAUGACUAAGCUGAUAUCAUUUAGUCACUUCCCCAACAAAAAGGUGACUCCAUCUUGUGCACAGAUAUCACAAUUGGCAAUUCGUUAUCCACCACUUAAUAUGCUGAUGAAGUGGCUCCAAAAGACAUGUUUGUUGAAAGAUAUCUUUUAUCACCUUGAGAUGUUUGCUAGACUUUGUAGGAUACAUCCAGAUCUUGCUAGGUUUCCUGAAGUAGCUGAAGUAGUUCAAAUUAAGAAACCAGUCAGCUAUGGCUGUUUAGUGAAUGAGAAAAUCAUGAAAUUCUUUUUUGGUGCUAUUAAUGAAAUUAAAAGUGUGUGUGUUAAAAUACAUAAUGAAACUGGAAAUGUGGAUGCUCUUAAUUUUAGCAAAUGGGAAUUAAAAAACAGUACUUCGGUUCAGGGUUGCGUGUCACUACUUCAUACGCUGCAUAACCUGCUUGCUAAAAAAGACUGCUCAUAUGUGAACUUGUAUACAAUGAUUAAUGAAUUCAGAUCUUCAGUGUGUUCCAAAAUGAAAGUUCGAGAAAAUUUGGAAGCUGAUGUGUAUGCAGUUUUGUCAUUAUUUGACUUGUAUCUUUCUCAUGUGAUAAUUUCUUUACUCACUCCAGAACAAAAACUUGCCGAUAUCUUCGCCAAGAAGUUAAGGCAUGUGACAGUUAAUGAUGUAGAAAAGAUCACUGGAUAUUUAAACUCCAGUUUUGAAGGAGGAAGCGAACAGUGUUUGCAAACUCUUCUAAGACUUUGUAUAAUACUUUCUAAAAGUGAAGACUGCAGUGUAUUUGAGCUCUUAGAAUGUUUUGCUACAAAACAAGAAUUGUGUAAAGCAUUCCCAGAGCUCUUUUCCUUUUAUCAGAAGAUUAAGGUGUUGCCCUUCUUCCAAGCUGACACUGGCCAAUAUAUGUUUAACCUUGCAGUCUUAGAGAUGCUGUCUAGUAACAAAGUUGAAAAGCAUUAUAUACCUUUGCUCUCGCUGAUUAUAUUGGAAGGUCCUCCAAUUGAAGAUAUAGAUAUUGGUAAACUUUUGGAUAUUUGGGCAUAUAAAUGGAAAAUGCUACAUUUUUAGUUUAUUAAUGUGGGUUCAUGGACAAAUGGUUUUAAUAUGCAUUAUGCAUUUCAGUUGAUUAAUGCUUUUAAAUUAUAUAAAUUAACUGAUAUAAUCAACUGGUAUAAUAUAUUGCUGUGAGAUUUAUAAAGUAUUUUGUAAAAAGGUAAUCUUUUGUUACAGAAUAUCAAAUAAACAUUUAAACGUU